GCGCUUACUUCAAGAGUUCCCCCCAGGUUCCCCCUCCUCUUCCCGAAUACCCGCUUUCGCGUACGCUUGCUCAUAAUCUUGGUUGACGAUUCCGGCCCUCCAAGGCGCACAAGUUGUACGAGCGAUAUCAAUAAUGCCGUCGUUACAAACGACCGUAGAUGCACUCUGCGAGAUCAUCGAUGAAGUCCAGGAACAGCAAGGGGCUUCGUGGUCUCAAUCUGCGAUGAUUCCGUCGCUGACGCAAGUCGCAUCUGCGAUCAUCGACAUUGUCGCGCAAAUGAAGACUCGGGAUCGCAAGCUGAAGGUGCUACAUCGGAGUGAUGAGUUUGCUCAAGCCAUCCGCCUCAUCGCCGAGGUAGUCAAACAAGGUUUCAGUCGAGACAUGUCUCAAGAAACUAAUCGGGAAUGGGUUACUAUGUUGGCAGAGCUACUGAGCUCCCUGAACGGUAUCCGAGAUACGGCCAUCACCAGCCGCAGCAUGACCAGCAAGACUGUGACGUCGCUAAUCAAUCCAAGACUCUGGGGUCGCAAGACUACGACAUCGACGUCUUCAAGUCUCGGCGAGCGAGUUGUUGAAAUGAACAACAUGAUACAGAUUUUCCAGAUGAAACUGGCCAUCCGCGCGAGGCUGGACGUAGCCCUCCAAAAACAAGACAUCGGUGCUUCAGUCACGACACCGCACGAGCGCGGGGUGCGGGUCUUCCAGCUAACCGACAUCAAGCUGCUACGUGUAUGUGGAUCGUGGCCAGAUGAACAAUGGUCUCUAGGUGAAGAGUUCGAGGGCGAGUGGAAUGGCCGUGUUGUCAUUGUCAGAAAAUUACGAACUCGGUCAACUCACAAUACUGGCCACACUGCUCUCAUUCAUACUCUGACAACACUGUACUAUCCAUACCUACUACAGAUGCUUGGCUACUCCCAUGCAUCAUCUCCUGUCAAGUUCUAUGUGUUAUCAACAGCUGGAGCCUCCAUGGCAGCAUAUUUCAGGGAUAAGGAUCUGAGAAUGAAGCUCAAACUCUUAGUUGAAGCUGUCUGUAUUAUGUUUGUGGGACUAUGCCUCUUAUGACAUUGUAACCAUAGACAACCAAACAAUAUCUCAGGAAUGAACUUGGCAAUAAUUGGGUUACUCUAGUGAGUUGGGGUUGACUGCUUCUUGGUGAUGCAUAUCAUCAU